AUGUCGUUUUCCACGGCCACCGUCCAAAACUUAAAGGACAUCCUCGGCGCCGCCGUCAACUCCGCCGACGGCGGCGUCCCCGGCAUCAGCGCCGUCGUCUUUGACAAGACCGGCCGCGAGCUGCUCGUACACGCCGCCGGCACCCGCGGGGCGUCCUCGGCCGAGCCUCUCACGCCGGAGCACGUCUUCUGGAUCGCGUCGUGCACCAAGAUGGUGACGGCCCUGGGCGUCAUGCAGCUCGUCGAGCAAGGGCGCCUGUCGCUCGACGACGGCGACCAGCUCGAGACGCUGUGUCCCGAGAUCAGGGACGUGCAGGUCCUGCGCGAUGACGGCGCGUUGGAGCCGAAGCGCAGCCGCAUCACGCUGCGGAUGCUGCUGACGCAUACGUCCGGCUUCGGGUACUCGUUCUUCAACGAGAAGCUGCGCGACCAUGGCUACCCUGCCGGCAUUGACGAGUUCUCCGGUCGCAUGGAAGACGUCAAGACGCCGCUCACGUUUCAUCCCGGCGAGGGCUGGCAGUAUGGAGUCGGCAUAGACUGGGCAGGCAUCGCCCUUGAGCGUGUCACGGGCGUCUCCCUAAACGAGUAUAUGCAAGCUCAUAUUUUCGAGCCGCUGGGCCUCAAAAACAUAAACAUGAUCCCCACGCCGGAAAUGAAGACCAAGCUUGCACACAUGAACCACCGCGGCCCGACUGGUAAGAUUGUCCCGCGCGACCACCUACACCGACAGGCGCUUCUAGUCGAGACCGCCGACGACAAGGCCAAGCUCUUCAACAGCGGCGGCGCCGGCCUUUUCGCCAAGCCGCAAGAAUACUGCCGCGUGCUCGCCGCGCUCCUCAACGACGGGACGUGCCCGACCACGGGCGCGCAGCUCCUCUCGGCGCGCACCGUGGCCGACAUGUUCACGAACCAGAUCCCGCAGUUCCCGCAGUUUGGCCGGCAGGGCAUCCCCGCGGCCAAGCCCGCGCUCACCAACCCGCUGCCGGACCUCUACCCGGCCACGGGCAGCCCGCCGCAGGGCUGGGGCCUCUCGUGCAUGCUCAACGGCGGCGCGACGGGCCGCUCCGAGGCCACGGGUUGGUGGGCCGGCCUGGCGAACCUGUUUUGGUGGGUGGACCGCGAGAAAGGCGUCGGCGGCAUGGUCUGCUCGCAGAUGCUCCCGUUCGGCGACGCCAAGGUCAUGGGAACGUGGUUUGCGCUGGAGACGGCCGUCUAUACGGCGCUGCAGCAGGGAAAGUGA